UCAACUCCAUCAGAGCUAGAACAUUUGUGUAGACUGAGGUUGAGCAUAGCAGCAGCCGUGCUAGUUUGUGGUUUUGUUUGUACAACCUUCGAGGAGUGUGAGCAGACACCAUGGCGGUGACAUUAUGCCAGGUGAUGGGCUUUGUGCUGGGCCUUUUGGGGCUGGGGGGCAUCAUUGCUGCUACAGCCAUGGACAUGUGGAGUACGGAGGAUCUGUACGACAACCCCGUCACAUCCAUCUUCAGCUAUGCGGGCCUGUGGAGGUCCUGUGUAAGACAGAGCUCGGGAUUCACUGAGUGCAGACCCUAUUUCACCAUUCUGGGACUUCCAGGCCUAUUCCAAGGAGUGAGAGCACUUAUGAUUGUGGGCAUCGUUCUUGGAGUAAUCGGCGCCCUCAUUGCCAUUUUUGCCCUUAAGUGCCUCAGAAUGGGCAACAUGGAGGAUCGUGUGAAAGCGACCAUGACUCUGACUUCAGGGGUCAUGUUUGUUAUCGCUGGGAUUUGUGCCAUUGCUGGGGUUUCCAUCUUCGCCAAUUUGAUUGUGACCAACUUUGCGCUCACUACCUUUACCUCACCUAAUGGCUUGGGUGUAGUUGGUUCUGGUCUUGUUGGAUCACCGCUUACUCCGAGAUACACGUUCGGUUCUGCCCUGUUCGUUGGUUGGGUCGGUGGCGGUGUUCUGUUUGUUGGUGGUAUCUUGCUGUGUUUGGCCUGUCGUGGACUGAUGCCAGAGAAACGCUAUGAAGGAACGGCGUACAAACCUGCAACCCAAAGUGGCAUCUACAGGUCAGAAGGCUAUUCCAAGAACCAUAACAGCUCCUACAAGGCUCACAGCAUGGACGGCAGACCAACCAACCAACGAUUUGACUAUGUUUGAAACUUGCUAAUAGGCGUAAGUGACCAUGAGAUAUUAAUACAGCCAGAUUAAAGUGAAACAGACACAACACAAUGCCCAAAGCAAUAUGCAUGUAAUAGUAAUUACUGUAGAAUCAGUUCAGAAUAAUUCUAUAAAAGAGAAGAAUUUAUAAAACACAUAUACAAAUGAAAUAGAAUAGAGUUUAAAAUCUCUGCUAGAGAGAAACCUUUUGGACAUUUAGGCUGAAGUCUAAGCAGAAAACGGAUUCCGCCCAUGUUGAAAAGAGUGUAAUGAUGGUUUUACACUGAUUUGUAAUGAUUUUAGGUAUUUUCUACUGUUCUUUAUUCUGGUUGUGUUUUUCUGGGUAACUAGUUAUUUUAUCAAAGGUUUUUUUUUUGUAGGUUUCUAUUUUGUUUAUGUUAUGCCAGUUAAAAUGUAAGCCUAUGAACUUAGAGCUCGACAAGGGUGCAUUGGAUCUUGAUAUAAGUUUUAGGACUUUGCGGUUUAGUAUGUUUUCUUUUGUGCAUAUAAACUGCACGUUUUUUUACUUGCUUUACAAUAGUGCAUUAUUUAAACUGUUCACAUAUUACAGUUUCAUAACAUGUUAUGGUUUAUUUCUGUUGUACUGUACUUCUACUUAUUGUACUUGGUUAUACAAUAGUGUAUUGUUGUUCUGAGUUGUUUGGCCCACAUGCAUCAUAUUGUCUAAUGCUUUUCGUCAUGUGGGAAUCUGUCAUGUGGGACAGACGAAGUGUGGCCGGCUCUUUCCUUAUUUACCAUAUGAUAUGUGCGAUCUUACUUACUAAGUUUCAAUUAGAUAACAAUAUUUUCUAUUGCUAAAAUAAAGCUAUACAAACUUUCA